ACAUACAGCUGUGAUGAGUGUGGAAAGUCUUUUGUCCAGGCUGGCGGCUUAAAAAGACACCAACUCAUCCACAGUGGAGUUAAACCUUACAGCUGUGACUUGUGUGGAAAGUCUUUUACCCAGGCUGGACACUUAAAAACACACCAACUCAUCCACAGUGGAUUUAAACCUUACACCUGUGACUUGUGUGGAAAGUCUUUUGCCUGGGCUGGAGACUUAAAAAAACACCAAAUCAUCCACAGUGGAGUUAAACCUUACAGCUGUGACUUAUGUGGAAAGUCUUUUGCCUGGGCUGGAGACUUAAAAAAACACCAAAUCAUCCACAGUGGAGUUAAACCGUACAGCUGCGACUUGUGUGGAAAGUCUUUUGCCUGGGCUGGAGACUUAAAAAAACACCAAAUCAUCCACAGUGGAGUUAAACCUUACAGCUGUGACUUGUGUGGAAAGUCUUUUACCCGGGCUGGAAACUUAAAAAAACACCAACUCCUCCACAGUGGAUUUAAACCUUACACCUGUGACUUGUGUGGAAAGUCUUUUGCCUGGGCUGGAGACUUAAAAAAACACCAAAUCAUCCACAGUGGAGUUAAACCUUACAGCUGUGACUUGUGUGGAAAGUCUUUUGCCUGGGUUGGAGACUUAAAAAGACACCAAAUCAUCCACAGUGGAGUUAAACCGUACAGCUGUGACUUGUGUGGAAAGUCUUUUACCUGGGCUGGAGACUUAAAAAAACACCAACUC